AUGGAGGAGUACUAUGAUCAUGAUUUUUUUGACAUAGACCAACUGCUAAAUGAGGGACCAGUGGAGUACAACACAGAUGAUGACAGCAUGGAUGAAGACAGUGAGGGGACAGUUAUACAUAUAGAUGAAAAAUGGUUCUAUAUGAACCCAGAAACAAGGAGGUUCUACCUCUUACAAAGGAAGAAAACCCAUACAGAUGUCAGCAUGCAGUCCAAGAGAUACAAGAUUGAGGCUAUGUUCAUCGGGAUGAUUGGUAAGCCCCUUUAUGACUUAAGUGGAUAUAUGCUACAUGAUGGUAAGUAUGGAAUUUUUCCAUUCACCUACCAGCAAAGGGCAAAGAAGAAAAGCAAGAAUAGAGAUGCAAGGGUCAUGGAGACAAAGGUUGUGCAAAGUGUGACCAAAGAAGAAAUCAGGAAAAUGCUCAUGACCAACAUCAUUCCAGCACUUUACAGGCAAUGGCAUCCCAGUCUGUCUAAGGACAUAUACAUUCAAUGGGACAAUGCUAAGCCACAUCAAAUUCCAAGGGAUAAUGAGUUCAUUACAGCAUGUACAACACAUGGAUUCAACAUCCAAAUGGUAUUCCAGCCAGCACAAUCUCCAGAUUUGAAUGUACUGGAUUUUGGUUUGUUCAAGGUCAUUCAAUCCUUGCAAUACUAG